AUGUCAGCAGACCCUAAAGCGAUUCGUCGCUACCAAGCCGGCGUCGAAAGGGCUCUUGGUCUAUUCGAUGCCUCGAAUGAAUGGGCCGAUUACAUCGCCUUUCUCAGCCGCCUGACGAAGGCAUUACAGGCGGCCCCACCACAUGCCGACGUGCCUUUGAAGCCGACUUUGGCCAAAUAUCUUGCCUUGUGUCUGAAGCCAUCCCUGCCUUCAGGAGUGCAUCAAAAGGCUCUAGAGGUCUACAACCUGGUCUUCACUUUACUCGGAAAGGAAGGCUUGUCGCGCGAUUUGCCUAUCUGGCUUCCUGGUGUCUCUCACACUCUCACCUUUGCCUCGCUGACUACGAGACCCUUGUUUCUGUCUCUCUACGAUGAACAUAUCUUGAAGCUGUCAAGCCAAGUUUUAAGACCUGCGUUGAGGGCAAUCGCGUUGUCUCUCCUUCCCGGCAUAGAAGAGGAAAACAGUGAGGACUUUGACAGGACCUUAGGGACUUUCAAUCGCCUUAAGGAGAUCUUUGCCGAAGAUGGGCACGAGGAGUUGUUUUGGCAGAGUUUGUUCCUUGCAUCUAUCACGAGUAGGAACAGGCGACCAGGUGCCCUUGUAUACUUGAACCGACAACUUCCCAAGCUAGGACCAACUUCAAUCAAUGGUCCAGCGCAAAAUGGGGUUGAAACGAACGCUUCAACUACCAUUGAGCAAGUCGUCAAGGCAGUGACGACUCCAGAACCGGGUCUUCUUGUGCGGUGUUUUGCUACUGGACUUCAAGAUGAACAGGCAUUGGUCCAGCGCGGAUUUCUGGAUCUAUUGGUCUCGCAUCUCCCGCUCAACGCCUCCAUUCUCCAGACACAUAUUCCCAAGAAUGACCUCGAUGUCUUAGUUACUUCGGCAAUGUCUGUUGUGCUGAGAAGGGACAUGAGCCUGAAUCGGCGGCUGUGGACAUGGUUCAUUGGCAGGGAAGAUAAACGGGAAGGGUCAACCGACAUGGUUCCGGAGUCGGCGGUUGAUAUCACGUCACCGUCGGAUGAGGGCAAAGUUGUCCAACUGACUAGUAAACGCAACUAUUUCGAACAACAUGGUCUGCAGUCCGUCAUACGCAGUCUUGAAAAGAUGCUCAGAAAGGAGUCUGUGUCUCCUGUGGACCGAGCUCGUCCUUUCCGCAUUAUGCUUUCCUUGAUGGAUCGCUGGGUCAUUGGCAAGCUGCCUGUUGAGGCUCUGUUUAUUCCGGCGAUGCAAGAUUUGCGGAGAUACCAGACUUCGGCCCCGUCACAAGCCUCAUUCGAUGAGGUGUUCCGCAGCGCCAACGUAUUCUUCGAUGCCAUCGAGCCCCAACUGAUAACUAGCCAGCUGUUUCAACUUCUUGAACAGAGACAGUUGGACGUUAUUGAGUUCAUCAUGGCGAACUUCAGUCUACAAGAGGAUGAGAUGGCCACAACACAUUUACCGCUACUCUGUCUGGCAGUUUCCGAACGAAUACUGGGACAGACCACCUCUGGGUUGAGCGAGGCUGAUGCAGAAGUAGAGCAGCUGUCUAAACUGCUCGAAGGUCUGCUCACGCUGCUUCCGCCUCAAUCUGUGAUGGGCCUUGCUGAGACAAUAGACGACAUUCCCCGCGAUGGCUGGAUGAUGAAGAUCAAAGACCUGUAUGAAAACUCCUCCUACGUCAAGAAGGCACUGGUCGAUGUCAUUUCUCCAGGUGCGGCAGCUCAACUGUUACUCCGAAAUAUUACAUUAAUCGUCCUGGACUGUUUCAAGACGCCGAGUCGGAAAACCUUUCUCGGAACAUCGGCCAGAGCUUUGGCCAGGGCUAUAUCCAGAAGCAAUACACUUCAAACAUUGCAGCGGCUUGAAUUCGGCGCGCAGCUUUAUGCAGCGUUGCGGAGCAUGUCUUCGAAGCCAACAGGCUUGAGGUAUGAGAUGGCGAAGACUAUUGCAGUCAUAGUCGAUACGAUUUAUGCCUUUGACUCCGACCACGAGGCACUUACAGAACGCCAUUUGCUUCAGCUCGUACCGGAACUUAUUUCCCAGUUUUGGGGUGUCCUCCUUCCUCAGACGCCGCAAUACCACGUAGAAGCUGUGGAACAGAUUUGGAAACUUCGCCUCAUCUCUCAAGAUCUACUCCUUGUGGACAGCAAGAUUAUGGAAUUGAUGUGCGAGGAACACUCGACACGAGUUGUUUUGGAAGAGCGUAUGGCCAGGUUUUCAACGUUAUGGAUACAUACACGGUUUCCGGAAAUCAACGUGGAAAUGUUUUCAAUGACGAUUCGUUUUGAGGAUGAUGAAGUACCAUGGGCUCUCCUCCGUCACCCUGUAUUGAGCAUCAUCGACGGGGUGGAUCUCCCGCAGUCGCACGAUCCGCGUCGGAUAUGGUUGAACAAUCUCUCAUCGAUGCUCCCAGUGUUUUGGAUCGCUUACGUUGAAUCUGUCGGUGCAUCGACCCCGCAGCUCGCCAUCCUCGGCCUCAACCGACUGCAAAAGGUUUUGUCCAUUGCCCGGCAAUCCAAUGUACACCGGCACGAGAUAUUCUCACCGCGCGGGUUUUCUGAGAUGAUACUGGACCUUUGCAUGGACAACAUUGACUCUAGCCAAAGCGAAGCAACUAUAAAGGUGGCACUUUCUAUGCUGCGUAUGGUGAUAGAGGAGACUGAGCUCCGUAAUCUCCAUACACUGGUGCCCCUUCUAAUCCAGCAGUUGACGAACCUGGCUUCGGACAGCUCCCUUCAGGAGACUAUGCUCGACACUUUACAAGCGAUUUUUGCAAAGCCCAAUUCCAAGCCUCCCCCCGGUGAACUCUUGACAACUCUCAUGACAGGGAUAUCGUCAAAAGCGAUCGAUGCCACCAUUGACAAGUGGAUCACAGUCCUCUGCAACACCAUUCCUCUAUACUCUACUCAAACCCUUUUCGCAAACAUGCUUAAACUGACGGCUUGCUUCUGCCAACGGGCGAAGGCUUACUUUGAGCAGAUGAAGCUGCUGUAUGAAAAGGCAGAAUCAACCGCUCAGACCAAUGGUGGUGAUUUCUUACCAAGUGCGAAGAACCCCGAACGAUCUCUCGGGAACCUUCUCGCGGGUCUGGAGUAUAUCCUCGCGCGGGCACAUACGCAUCUAGUAGAUCAGGCAGCUGUGCCAGAGUCAGCGAGCGCCAGCGCCACAGAUAUGUCCCAGGGUCGAUCCAUUGCCAAUAACCGGCUUACGGUGAUCUUAUGCAUGCAAGACACAAUCAAACUCUGCGGAGAGAUCUGGGCUUGGAGGAUAGUGAAGCGGUCGUCAAACGCGGUUCCAGACAGCAAGUCCUUCGCCUACAUAUCCGCGCGACUUCGUACCCGAACCAGAAGACUUCUAGAGCAUCUGACGGAUGCCGAACCACAAGAAUGUCUCGAAACCUUGAUGGGAAUGUGGGUCGAUGCUAGCCGGCGCGAUUCAGAGCAGGAUGUCACCCUGAACUUAAUGCAGAGCCUCGACGGAGCAAGACCCAAAUUCAUGAUGCCAGCAACGUUCAAUGCUAUUUACAAUCGGACGAAUCCAGCCGCUCUAGACCAGUCUCAGAAAUCCAGUCUGUCGGUCGAUGUCAAUGCACCGGAGCUGAUGGCAUUCCUGAUAGCAUACACCAAGGCCUUGGAGGAUGAUCUGUUGGAAGAGAUCUGGACCGACUGCACAGCCUUCCUACGAGAAGUGCUUGCCAAUCCCAUGCCCCAUCGUCAAAUCCUACUGAGAUUGCUGGAAUUUGUGGGCGUCAUCUGCCAGAAGAUGGAGAAUACCAAUUUUGGGGAAGUCCUGCGGAUGCGGCGAGAUUUAAGCGAUCUCUGCGCCCGGCUUUUCACUGCCAUCUUUACCAUCAGACCAGCUGGACUUGACGCGACUGCACAACGACCGUCGGAUUCGGGUUCAGGUCCUCGAAGAAGCUCCGUGCAACCUGGCAAUGCCAUCCAUGUGAUUUGCGAGACACUGCCGGUGAUCGGAAACGCUCUGGGGGACUUAGACCGGCUGAACACGACCAUGUCUGGGAUAGCCUUGCAUAUCACAGGACCUGCGCUACGAUCACGACAGUUCCCGCAGUCUGUCAACGUUGACAUCCUUCAGCUGGUUUAUCUUAUGGGCAAGUCGCAACCCAGCAAUAAAGCGUGGAAGAAGGACGUCCUGGACGCCUACAACGACGGAAAGUUCUUCCAGUCGCCUGCCGAACUGGCCGAACUGGGUUGGAUGCCCCUGCUCAAACAACUCUGGCUCUCGGACAAGGGUCUGAUGAGUGAACUACUCUCCAGGCUGACACCACCCACUACGGCAGGCUUGAUGUUUGGGGUGGGAGCGACAGCAGCACGCAUCGAAGCUGAUAGACGGACACAACUCACCUUGAGGCGGAUUACACUGCUUUUGCUGGCCGCGGAUGUGGAUGCGUUCGUGUCGGACCUCAGCCAGAUAAUGCUGAAGAUGGAAGAGCUCUUGACCGCGACGGUGUCGUCCUCGCCAUCGUCAGGCACUCGAGGAGACAUCUACCUGGUUCUUCGAGCCAUGACAUUGGCCUAUUCCCACGUCCACUUGGUUUCAAUCUGGCCGAUCGUGGAUGGAGAGCUUCGGGAACUCCUUUUGAGCAUGCGACCGGGCGAAGAGUCUCGUUUCACCAGUUACUCGCAGUUGCAGGGCGCCAAACUCUUAGAUCUUCUUCUGCUGUUGAAGCCGGAGGAGUUUCAGUUGCAUGAAUGGCUUUUUGUUACGGACACCGUCGACGCUGUCUAUCCGCCGCAUGACGCGGAGUCGGUGGCAAUCGCCGAUCAGAUCGUGGGCAAAAGCACCAAUGAGGUCGAGCUUCCUACGGUCUCCGAGGACGAGGUCAGGAGGCCAUGGCUGUGUAGCGACUUGACUCGGACCAUUGAGGACCCUCAGGGCCUGUUGAUGCCGUUCUUCCGGCAGUUGAGCAUCCAUGCAUUUGAAGAUACAUAUAGCCUACAGCCUGUCGACGUGGAGGCAUGUCGGAAGGACUUGGUGGCGGAUUUGUUCGUGGAUUGA